AUGAAGCACCUACGCAUUGUGGGGUUUCGCCUUUGGGCAGCUGCAUUGCUCAUAACUCUGUCCGUUCAUACCCACGGGUUCGGCAUUAAUCUCAUGAAAGUUCCGACGGAGGAUAAAAUGCAAACGGCUUGCACUGUGGGACUGCUUCGGAAGUACUUCAAUUCGGAUAAGGUGAUUUCCGGCGCUGUACUCUCCGUGAGCGUUACAACAAAUGUGCCCUAUGUGCAGCAGCAGUUGCUGCGAGCAAUUAAUGCUCACGAGGACUCUCCUUGGUCCAUUCUGGUGACAACGCUGCAUGGAAAGCAAGCGUCCGAGUCGGAGCUGAUCAUGCAGGAGAAGCCACAGUGUUACUUUUUGGUGAUUGAGAGUUUGGAGGAUGUCGAUCUAGAUGAUAUUGUGGAGAACUGGAAGGCAAAAAUUAAUUGGAACCCGCUGGCCCAGUUUGUGGUCUAUUUGGCAUCCGUAGAGGAGACCGAUGAGGAAAUGACCGAUCUGAUGGUGGAGUUGCUUUUAACAUUUAUGAAUAAGAAGAUCUUCAACGUGAACGUGAUUGGACAGAGCGAAGAGAACACUGGCUACUACGGCAAGACGGCAUUUCCAUAUCAUCCGGAUAAUAAUUGUGGCAAUCGAGUUAUAGCUGUGGAUCUAUUGGAUGUAUGCGAGUAUCAGAACUAUGAAGACCAAGCGCACCAGGGCAAUAGCGAUGAGAGCGAUGUUAGUGAUGUAGAUGAAGAAGAUACGGAAGCGGAAGUGAAAUCCACAAACAGUGGCCACAGUGAUGAGCUCAGUGAUCCAGUAGGAAACGGCAUACAUUUUGACGAAAUCGAUACCGAGAAAGUGGCUAACAAUUUAAGUGAAAGUGCUGAGUUAGGCGAUUCAAAAACAAUGGAAGCAGAUGAUGAAGGUGAGUUUGAAGAUGGUGAUGGAAAUGAAGCUAAUGGUGGUGACAACGCUGAUCAGAGUAAAGAGUUUCGAAAUAAGAAUGGACCUGAUAUGACUGCCAAUGAAAGUGGCGAAAUAGAAGACGAAAGUAAUUUUACUGAAACAUACGUGCGUGAGAGAAGUACUAAUGCCAUUGAGAAUUCUAGACUCAGAAAAAGAAGCGCUGAGAUGGGCAGUAGUCUAAACUCUAGUCAGCCUAAGCCGAAAAUCGAGGAACACCGGCGAGCCAAGUUCACCGACAAGUUUCCUAAGGAUCUUAGCGGCUGCCCUCUGGUGGCUGCGUAUCGUCCUUGGGAACCGUAUAUAUUUAGCACAUCUGAAGAAUCCGACGAGGCGACAGAUUAUUAUUAUGAAGUAGAUAGUAACGAUCGAGACGAAAGCAAAAAUAGCUCAGACGGAACUGAGAAGGACUGGGAUUAUAGUGAAGCUGAUACCUAUGGAGAUGGAGGCUUUACAGCCAUUAAUACAGUGGAUGGCGAUCACAUGAUGGGCGUUGGAAAUAAACCGCAGCUGGGUGGUAUUGAGUACGAAAUUGUGCAAACGAUUGCGGAGCAACUGCAUGUAAACAUUGACAUUCAAAUCGAGAAUAGCAACCUGUACCAUCUGUUCCAGCAGCUGAUAGAUGGUGAAAUUGACAUGAUUGUCGGCGGCAUAGACGAAGAUCCGAGCAUUAGUCAGUUUGUGUCUAGCACCAUUCCAUAUCACCAAGACGAUCUAACCUGGUGCGUGGCCAGAGCGAAGCGUCAGCACAGUUUCUUCAACUUCUUGGCCAGCUUCAAGGCAGACUCCUGGCUUCUGUUGCUGCUUUUUCUGGUCGCAACCUCCUCUGCGGUGUUUGUGGCCCAACGCGUUUCCGGCUUUCGCCUUCGAAAAUUGCACAACUUCUUUUCUAUAUGCAUACGCAUUCUUGCUGUCUUGCUCAACCAGUCUAUGCCGGUCUAUGGUCUGCCUUUGGUUCUACGAAUACUGUUCGGCGUCUCUUUCUUCAUGGCUUUCUUCUUUAGCAAUACCUACCAGAGUUUUUUAAUCAGCACACUGACAACGCCCCGUAGCUCUUAUCAGAUAAGCCAUCUCGCAGAAAUCUACAGCAAUCGAAUGACCAUUUUGGGCAGCGUCGAGAACGUUCGUCACUUGAACAAGGGGGGAGAGAUUUUCAGAUAUAUACGCGAGAAGUUUCAAAUGUGCUAUAAUAUCGUUGAGUGCCUGAAUAAUGCCGCAGAAGACGAGACCAUUGCUGUGGCGGUUUCUCGUCAUCACUCCUUCUAUAAUCCGCGCAUAGAACGCACCCGGCUCUACUGCUUCGAUCGCAAUGAGAAUCUGUAUAUGUACUUGGUGACAAUGCUACUGCCCAAAAAGUUCCAUCUGCUGCACCAAAUCAAUCCGAUUAUACGGCACAUCAUCGAGUCGGGCCACGUGCAAAAAUGGGCUCGGGACUUGGACAUGAUCCGCAUAAUACACGAUGAAAUAGGUCGUGUGCGCGAGGACCCCUUCCAGGCGCUAACGUUGGCCCAGUUUCACGGCGCCUUCACCUUUGCCAUCGCCCUCCUACUGCUGGCCAGCUGCAUCUUCCUGUUGGAGUGUCUCGUCCAUUGGUGCGUGAUAAGACGACGCACGCGGUUCACGCUUUUGCGCCGAUUGCACCGCCUCCUGCGCACCUGCUAG